AAGAAGAAAAAGAAGAAGAAGAAGAGGCUAGAUGGGAACGACAAUGGAAAAAGACCAAGCAGAUUUCCUCGUUCUGUCACCAAGGGAGAGACUCAGCUACACCCGUCACCAGCUUCAGUUACUCAACGGAAUAUUUGAGAGACUUCGCUACCCAAACAGCAUCCAGAAACAGAUCAUUGCCAGACGAGUCGGCAUCAACCGAGAACAGGUGAAGGUUUGGUUCCAGAAUCGACGCCGGAAAGAAGUUGUCGGGAAACAGAAAAUGUCUGCCGAACGUAGAGUUGACAAAAUCUGUAAAGAAUCGCCGACACCUUCUCAAAGUGGUUCAACACAUCUUUCCUCUUCAUCUCAACCAAAAUCAAUAGAAACUCGGCUCAUUCCGACUGUAGUUUUGACAAGCAUUAUGUACGAACUGGAGCGGUUUAACAACGAUGAAUGUGGCGGACAUAAGACGCACUUUAAACAAUCUAAGGGAGGAAACAACUCUAUGAUAACAGACGAUAAUAAAAAAUCAGGCGAUUUUGAAAUAGCAGACGAUAAGACGAGAAAAGAGCUUUUCAAAAUGAGAGAUACAAGGGAAGAUCAAUAUAUCAAAACAAAUUUACCGAAAUUUUCGUGUAACUCACGCAAUCAGAAUAAAAGAAAGGUUUUACAAUCUAAUAAAUCUUCCAAAAAUAACAUUUUCAUUAGCGACUACGAUAUCAGAUCACCACCAAAUCAAAUUACACCAACAGCAAUCUUUACACUCAGGGACGAUGACCGCUCAAAGCAACGAAACAUGGGCACCAGUGGUUGGAUAUUUCCACAAUUAGAAAGCGGUUUAACAAGUUCUAUCGACAUACACAGCAAUCAGCGAAUCAACAAUUCUUUAACAAAUUCACAGAGCUUCGCAAAAUUACCUUCUCCAGGUCUCUACGGGAGAGAUUAUUUGACAUCAUUUCACCCAGGUACUCCUCUGGAUUCGAACGACAUCAGUGUAGUUUCUUUCUCUACUAGCGAUUACUGUCCUGAUCAGAGGGCUAUGUUUCCCGUGGUAGAUUCUUCUACGUUAAAUGAGAGAUACGAGAAUCGACUUAUCAAAUUCCACCAAGUAAACUUUACUGAUAUUCGUAGUCCGGCAACAUCUCAGCAAUCAUAUGGAUCACCACACAUUAUUCAGAAUAUAAAUGCCUUUCCAUUUUCUUAUAACAGAGAUUUUUAA